AUGAAGCCUCAAUAUGAAACAUGGCCAUUAAGAAAGAUUACAGGUGUGAAAGUUACAGGGCCGAUUGAGACUGAUAGUUUUCCUAACACCAAGUUUAAAGUAGCGAGGGGUUCAGCUAGCCAAUGCUCUAAGUUUACUCUUGCAGAUCUUCCAUGCCUCAACCCAAAGGAUUCGUUCCCGCUUUACAACAUGUUGCUGAAGAACAUGGAAAAGUAUGAACUUGUCAUGUCUCAUCUCAAACUUAUGAUACAAUCUUAUAUUAAAGAGAAGGGAGAGAUGGAUGUUGAAGUUGUUGUGAUCCUUCAAAAGAAGCCUUCGAUAGUUCUCAAGGAAAAUCCUAAGGAUUUUGAAAAGAUGAAACUAGGAAAACUCUACAGUGGAGAUUGGUUUGUGGUUUAUUAUGCUAUGGAACGAUCUAGAGCAGACUUUCAUAAAGUAUGCUUCUAUCUUUCAGAUAAGCAUCUCUAUAACACAACCUUCCUUGAGUUCAUUUUGGAGCAUGUGAGCAAGUUCAGAGGCAACAAGAAAGAUGAUAUCAAGUGCUUCUCAGAUAGGGUUCUUUGGUACAUUGAAGUUCGGCAAGCAAUUUAUGCCAUGAUACUGAAGGUGUAUGAAGUGUAUAAACGAAUCCAAGGGUGA